GAUAUCCCAUCAUUUACGAGUAAAUGCUUCUUUUUAUGUAAUCCUACGAAUUAUCUUUGUAUAUUCGUUCAUGGCAAAAUUUGGUUGCUGGCAAAAUUUGGUCGGCUCAGGAAGCAACCGCUCUAGCGGCUCUUUUGGGCUUGGAUUCCAUUGGUGAUCUUGACAAGUAUCUAGGUCUCUCCGCUUAGAUUCACCGGUCAAAGGUUCAGAUAUUCCGGUUUCUUGAGGACGGAUUAGCCAAAAGGAUCCAACAUUGGAAGUCUAAAUCCCGCAAAAGAGGUGGUGAUCAAAGCGGUUGGAUCAGCAACUUCGGUUUAUGCGAUGCUUUCUUUCCGCCUUCCGACCACCUCCUGUCGUCGUAUGAAUGGCCAGCUCUCGCAGUAUUGGUGGGCCAGCCAAGACAAGGUCAAAGGUAUUCAUUGGCUUUCAUGGCCAGCCAUUUGUGUGAGUAAGUUUCGAGGAGGCCUUGGAUUCCGGGACUUCGAUCUCUUUAAUAUUGCUAUGCUAGCAAAACAGGCCUGGAAGCUGCUGCUGGCCCCGACUUCUACAUUGGCUAGAAUGUACAAGGCUCGCUACCAUCCCCAUUGUGACUUUCUCCAUACUACAACAGGUUCUCGUCCAUCCUGGGCUUGGCAAGGUGUAUUAGCUGGUCGAGAGUUGCUUCUUAAAGGGCUUCGGUGGCAGGUUGGGUGUGGCACUGCCAUCCGGAUCCUUGAAGACCCUUGGUUGCCUACUUCUCCACCUUCCUCUCCGUCCCUACUACCCGGGGUCCAUCUCCCCAGUCUGUAUGUGGCAUCUCUCAUCGAUCCUUUGACGCGACAGUGGAAUAUACAGUUGCUUCAGUCAUAUUUUACUCUUGCCAGUGUACAUUCGAUUCUCUCUAUCCCUAUUCCUCUCACUCCCAGGCCUGACAGGUAUAUUUGGCAUUAUUCCAAGACAGGGCAGUAUUCUGUCAAGUCGGGGUAUCACCUCCUCUCGGAUGUUCGUUCUGAGUUGUUCAACACUCUUCCACCUCAUUUGGAUGCUCGGUUCUGGAAAUGGCUUUGGAGCUUACCUGUUCCUCCUAAACUGAAGUUUUUCUUAUGGAGGGUUGUUCGGGGUUUCUUACCAUGCUUGGCAGUGCUACAUACCAAAAAUCUUAGCGACUCUAAUGUUUGUUCUGUAUGUACUGACGGGGUUGAAUCUAUUUCUCAUUGCCUGUUUGAUUGUAGAGUGGCGCGUGCAGUAUGGAAUCUAGCUGGAAAAGAUCAUGUCCAUGUGCUUCUCUCAGGUAUGACGCCUGAUUUAGCAUGGUAUACAAUUUUCUUCUAUUUGCAGCUCAGCAAGGUAGCCAUGGUCGAAUUGGUCUUCCUAGCCUGGCGGAUUUGGAAGGCUCGAUGCUGGUCUUGCUAUGACAAGGUCCAGUUCCUCCCUGGCCCUCUUUUCCGCCAAUUUUUACAUCAAAAGGAGGAAUGGAUAGCAGCCACUUCUCCUCCAUCUUCACAUGGAUGUCGUUUGGCUCGGCCGCCUAUCUCCUCUCCUUGGCCAUCCUGUCCUCCGGGUGGUCUAGUCGUUCGUUUUGAUGGAGCGACUAGGCGGGAGGUCGGUGGCAGUAUUUGACCCUUUUGUGUUGGAACUCUUAGCGUUACGAGAUGCGAUGGACUGGUGCUUAACUAGGAGUAUUUUUUCUGUUUGUUUUUGUGGGGAUUCACAAUUGGUGAUCCGCCGCAUGACGGAGGACACGUCUCAGCAUAACAUUGGCGGAGCAAUCCUGGAUGAAGUUCGGCUGAUGAAAGCAUCAUUCGCGUCUAUCUGUUUUGUUUUUUCUCCUCGUAGAACUAACAGGGCUGCCCAUUGCGUGGCGAAAAUGGCUCUUGCAUCGGCUAAUCAGCAUUUGGCUGAUUUUUGCUAUUUAUUUUUUAUUUAAUCUUUUGUAAUUCCCUAUCUAUUACUCUUCUAUCUAUGGCAAAAAGAAAAAAAAAUUUGGCUGCUGGCUGGGUUGCAGCCAUCCAUUGCUACCCAGCCAUGUGGCACUAUGUGAUUGGUUCAAAUUAGUUAAUUAAUUAUUAGUUGAAUG